AUGGAACAACUGACCUCGGCUCAGGUUGAGGAGUCCCCAGACACCUGCUUCUAUUUGCCGCACCACGCUGUCAUCAAACUGGACAGUCUGACUACCAAAUGUCGUGUAGUUUUUGAUGGAUCAGGAAAGGACAGCUCUGGAGUAUCGCUCAAUGACAGACUACAUAUUGGUCCACCGAUUCAACGCGAUCUUCUUGGCGUUUGUCUACGCUUCCGGCAGCACCAAUAUGUUUUAUGCGCAGAUGUUGAAAAGAUGUUUCGAGGCAUUAGAAUCUUUAAGCCACACACCAAUUUUCAGCGCAUUGUUUGGCGCAAGACUGAGAAUGAACCUCUGCUUCAUUUUCGCCUGCUGACGGUUACCUACGGAUUGGCACCGUCACCAUUUCUGGCUGUUCGAGUUCUAAAGCAACUUGCCGACGAUCAUGGCCAUGAAUACCCUGCAGCAGCUCACGCUCUUCUGCACGAUGCCUAUGUGGACGAUAUCCCUACAGGCGCCAACACACUCGAGGAGCUUAUGAUUCUCAAGGACGAGCUUAUAGCCCUCUUGGAUAAGGCAAAAUUCAAGCUACGCAAAUGGAGUUCUAAUAGUUGGCGUCUUCUGAAAUCAUUACCAGAGGAAGAUAAAUGUUUUGAACCUAUCCAGCUCCUCAACAAAUCAGCUGCGGAUUCACCUGUCAAAGUUCUUGGUAUCCAAUGGAACCCUGGGAAGGACGUUCUGUAUCUCAACCUAAAGGGAUGCGAUGCGACCAUUUCUCCGACGAAAAGAGAACUCUUGUCUCAGCUAUCAAGAAUUUAUGAUCCGCUUGGACUGGUAGCGCCGGUCACAGUUCUACUCAAGCUAAUCUUCCAAGAAAGAUGGACAAGUGUCCUGCAGUGGGACGACCCCAUUCCUGAAAGUCUACGUACGCGCUGGAGAGCCUUAGUAGAGGAGCACUUACGCAAUGCCAAAAACCACGGUAUAUUGCGUCACCAUUUCGAGAUGUUCAACUACACGGAUUCGCCGACGCAUCCUCGCACGCCUACGGUGCGGUAG